AUUCUUGGAUAAUCAACGUGACUUAUAUCAUCUCAAGACAUACAGCGAUAUAUUUCUAGCAUGCCGCUUCAAUGGAGAAAUAUGCAAUGAAAGUGAUUUUACCACAAUAUCCCUCGAUAAUUAUGGCAACUGUUACACAUUUAAAUCUAACAUCACUGAAAGAUAUAUGGUGAGAGAAAUAGGGCCAGACUCUGGAUUAACACUUAUUUUAUUUCUCAAUGAUUAUUCUCCAUUAGACGAAUUUCGAAGUAAGAACCGUGAUGUUAUGUUAAAUACGCCAAAUCUAUUUUCUAGUAAAUAUUCCAAAGCAAGUGAUGGAAUAAGAUUGGGAAUUCAUUCCCAUGGCACACUGCCUGAUCUUGACAAUGAAGGCAUAGACCUUUCACCAGGA